CGUACCUAAAGACGCAAAAUGGUACGUUCCCCUCAGGUUCAAGUUGAAACUUUCAAGGGCAGGUUAGAACUGAAGUCAGAGUGAGAUAGCUAACGUGACUGGUUACUGUGAAGAAGAAGUAAGAGCAUGUUGACCAGAAUUGGACAUGUUCGCAGGUGUGCAGCUGGCUUGAAUCCCGUGCUGGGCAUUUUGGCCUCCAGACAGAAGCACACACUUCCAGAUCUGCCGUAUGACUACGGUGCAUUAGAACCUCACAUCUCAGCCGAGAUCAUGCAGCUUCAUCAUAGCAAGCACCAUGCAACGUAUGUCAACAACCUCAAUGUUAAUGAAGAGAAAUAUCAAGAGGCUUUGGCCAAAGGUGAUGUAACAACGCAAGUAGCCCUUCAGGCAGCACUGAGGUUCAAUGGCGGUGGCCACAUCAACCACACCAUCUUCUGGACAAACCUGUCUCCAAAUGGUGGAGGAGAACCACAGGGUGAGCUGAUGGAGGCCAUUAAGCGUGAUUUUGGCUCAUUCCAAAAGCUGAAGGAGAAAAUGUCUUCUGCCACUGUGGCAGUUCAGGGAUCAGGGUGGGGAUGGCUGGGCUUUGAUAAGGAGAAUGGGAGGUUGAGAAUUGCUGCGUGUGCAAACCAAGAUCCUCUGCAGGGAACCACUGGUCUCAUCCCACUGCUCGGCAUUGAUGUCUGGGAACAUGCAUACUAUCUUCAGUACAAAAACGUCAGACCUGACUACGUUAAAGCCAUAUGGAACAUUAUAAACUGGGAGAAUAUUAAUGAGCGUUAUCAAGCUGCCAAGAAGUAAAACUUGUCACAUCACUAGAGAUAAUGUGAUGGUUUCAAAACGCACAAACAGCAUACCACAUUAUUAAUGUCUAAUUACAUAGCGGCUAGUAAAAGAAGAGAAGGUGUGAAAUGUCAAAACCUGUGCAGUUUAUCUAAAUUUCUCUGACUCUCAAGUCAUUAAAAUGAUGCAAGUCUGUUGAUGCGCUAUGUGUAAUUAAACCAUUAUUUAAACUAA